AUGGCUUUGGCCCAGAUGGAUACGGUGGAAGCCUUCUCUUAUCUUCAAGGCAACCUACCAGCGUUGAUCAGCCGUAUUACAGACCUCGCUGCUCACACAUCUGCCAAAUAUACCGAAUACUAUGAAGCCUGUCGCCGACAGAAAUCUCUCAGGCUGCGAUGUCCUACGAACCACUCCGUGCGGAUCGACCAGAGACGAAAUCCCACCAAAUUCGAUAAAAGUGUCACGAAGGCAAAGGAUGCAAUGGACUCAAUCCAAUGCUCUGGUCGCAAGCGACGCGCGGACGAAGACCUGCCCAUCGGCCGGAAUGAGCCCUUCGCUCCAGUGAACAAGCGACACAAGGUUAUCAUCGAGUAUGACGGCCAUACACAGAAGGUGCUUGAAGAGGUCGUCCGGGAUAUUGGUAUUUGCAGGAGUAAUAUACGACGAGCGAAAAUGUCGAUGAUGCAGAUGCGCUUUCUAUCUCCGAAAAAUCAAGAUCAAUUCGCAUUGUCUAUGCUCUGA